ACCCCUGUGGAACCAGAACUCAAGGCCCUUCUCCAGCUCCUCUUGUGGAGGUUCACCGUCUUCUCUAACAGUGCCACCGUGGGCCAAUCACUGCUCAACAUCCGGUACAAGAACUCUCUGAUCCCAGGACAGAAGUACCGGCCCAUGAGCCGGCCACAAAAGUUCUGGUUUGUUCUGCUGACAGUUGGCGAAAAGUGGCUGAGAGAACGCUCACAUAGCUUGUUCCUCAACCACCCUGCAGAAUCCAAUGCCCGCAAGGCCCGGAAGGUACUCAGCAUCUUGACGGGCCUUACUAAAGUGGCCAGCCUGGUCAACUUCCUACUGUUCCUCCAAAGAGGAACCUAUCCAACACUUACCGAAAGAUUGCUGGGAGUGCAGCCAGUCUUCAGUCGACCCCAGGGACCACGAGACAUCAACUUCCAGUUCUUGAACCGGGAGCUGUUGUGGAACGGCUUUGCUGAGUUCCUUAUCUUUCUGCUACCUCUCAUAAACAUGUGGAAGCUAAAGGCCAGUGUUGCCGCUCUGUUCUCCCCUCUGAACGAACUGAGAGGAACGGAAGGUUCGGAGGAGACCUACUGCACUGAGUGCGCCGUCUGUGGGGAGUGGCCCACAAUGCCCCAUUCGGUCGGCUGCAACCACGUGUUCUGCUACUACUGCCUCAAGAGCCACACGAUCGCUGACAUCUGCUUUACCUGCCCCAAAUGUGGCACAGAGACUGGAAUGAUAGAGCCAGUCAGGCUUCAUGAGUUGCAUCAGAGUUGAGACUGUGCCUCUAACAGUCUUCUGAUUGACUUGAGAUACACAUACAGGAGGAGAACUUGAGGCCAAGUUGAACGUUUUGAGUCUAUCAGAGAGAUUGGUUGAUGAAGGCAUAUGGCUUGUGCCUUCUUCUGAAAUGAGAGCAUUUGUUGCCAUGAAAUAUGCAGAAUUUUGUACAAAGAGACAAACUUAGUGAUCUAAAAUUCUAAAACAAC